ACCGAACCCACUCACUGCCUUGAGCUACCGAACUCGUCACGUCACGGUAUCGCGUCUGGAUGAAACAACCCCCCUCCUCCCCACAGUAGAGUGAGACAACAACCACGAUGGCCUCCCAGCAGCAACGCUCGGCCUCGGUGGCGGGCACGAGAGAAAAGACAUACUUUGAGCAGCAGAGGGAGGAGUUGGUGGGGGAGAUUGCCAUGAGCUUUGAGCAUGUGCUCGCCAACAUCAACAAGCUGAACCGGUCGCUCGAGGCCGUUAUCGCCGUGGGCAACGAGUUCUCGUCCGUCGAGGCGCUGUGGUCGCAGUUCGAGAAUGUCAUGGCCAAGGAGGAGCCCGAAGAGGACAGGGGAAAACAGGAAGAGCGGGGCGAUAGCCAGGAAGAAGCCGAUCGAGUGAAGGUGGAGGGAAGCGAGUGAUAUGGGAAAGGUGGAGUAGACUGGUAUGCAUUAUGAGAAACGGCGCGAGAAAAAUCAUGCUACGGGGAGAAGACAUGUCGGUUUAGUGAUACCCAAUACGUUCGGCUAGUCAAGAGAGACAUUGGAUCAGUUCACAGUGCACAUGAAAAGACUGCAUGUGGAAGUUUGCUUCUUAUAUUCCAUAGCCCUAUCCCUAAUCAACAAACAACAAGACGGGAAAUCCUUUG